GCCAACUGCAUAUCACGCCAUGGCGGAAGAGAGUUCUACUUUGUUGACACGUCCUACGAAGUAUAAUAUCGAGGACUCCAACAUUGCAUUGUUAGGGUCGGAUAUAGAGAAAAAUGUCAGAGAGCACGCUGGUGACAAAGAACCUGCAUGGGAGUCUGCGGGCAAAGAGCUUGGGACUCAGAUCUGGCGGAUCGAGAAGUUUGCCGUCGUCGAAUGGCCCAAGGCGCGCUUUGGAUCAUUCUACGAUGGAGACUCGUACAUAGUCUUGCAUACAUACAAGCCAAGCCCAGACUCGCAAGAGCUGGCUUACAACCUGCACUUCUGGCUCGGUUCAGAGACCACCCAGGAUGAGGCCGGCACCGCAGCCUACAAGACGGUGGAGCUAGAUGAUCAUCUCGACGAGAAGCCAGUCCAAUAUCGCGAGAUUCAAGGAUAUGAAUCCUCCAAGUUCCUUUCCUAUUUUCCGCACUUCCUCUGUCUCAAGGGCGGCGUGUCCACCGGCUUCCACCACGUCUCGUCCACGCCACCAGACAACACCCGCAGACUGUACAGGGUAACGGCUUCUGGCCACCAGCUGGUCGUACGCGAAGUGCCCCCAGAAUCACCUAGCCUCGUGCCAGGCGAUGUAUAUGUCUUGGACAUGGGCAAUAAGGUGUGGCAGCUGAACACAAAGGGUAGCGUCGGAAAGGAGAGGUUCAAAGCUGCAGAAUUUGGCCACUCGUUGGCCACCGACAGGAAUGUCACGGAGGCCUGCGAGGUCACGGUGUUCGAUGAAGGCGGACACGGCGCUGGCAUCUUCCUCUCCGAGUUUGGACUGGAACGCUUGCCUUCCGGUCCUGAGGCACCUGGGCCUGAUGCCAAAUCGCCAGCACUGUACCGCCUGUCAGAUUCCUCGGGCAAGGUCGUGUUCGACAGUGUCGAACCGGCUGCGCAGUCGAGCCUCUCGUCGUCCGAUGCUUUCCUACUGGACGACGUUGCCAAUCCCGGCGCUCCGGCCGUCUAUGUCUGGCUUGGCAAAGACGUAUCGCUGGCCGAAAAGCGUCUGUCGCUGCAGUACGCGCAGAACUACUUGCAUGGCAGAAAUGAAGGGACCAAAGGACAUUUCGCCAUCAGCAUUGUGAAGAUGAAGGAAGGCCGCGAGACUCAGGCUUUCUUGCACGCGCUGGGUGCGUGAAGUGCGGCUGUGUAUAUGCGAUGGAUCAAACGGUUACUGCGAAAAUUCAGGAAUUUGGAACCGGGCGUGAAUGUAGUGAAUAAGCAUUGAUUAUGAGCUAGUGGUGAUGUAGUCUAGCCUCGUGCAGCAUAGUUAUAUCUCCUCCGGCAUGAAUUCGUCGUCCGAGUCUGGGGACCACCUAUGUGAUGCAAAUAUAUCCAACCCCCCCUCACUGCGCAAUAUUUCGUCAAAUAACGCAAUUGUGUUAAUGUCAUUGCGGUCGACAUCGGGGUCAUCCGCGAGCCUCCCCAUGGUGAGGGCGCGAAUCAUCCGUUGUCUGUCUUCAGGAUUUGGUCCGGGGAGCUCACGGACCUCUGGGGGCGUGAGAGGCAUAUCAACGGCACAAGGGGCGUUUGGGGUGGGGCUGUGUACGAAGAUAUGUCGCUCCACCCCUGCUGUUACCAGGUACGGCCAAUGUGGAUGCCAAAGAGUGGAGUUGACGAUGGACUUGUGGCCUGUUAAUCGACAAUGCGGACGCGACAGUUCUAUAGGAAUACAUCUUUCGCUCGAUAUCGUAGGUGCAAACCC